GUUCAAGUUAUCACUAACGUCCACUAUCUCGAAGUUACAGUCACUGACACUUGCAUGCAUUGGACAUGUCAGACACUGACCUAUCAAAUACCACUCUGAAUGACUCAAAAACACUUCACUCUAAGGGUGCUGAAACACAGAACUCGAAAUCGUCCAAGAAACGCCAGCUUGAACCUGAAGCUGACGACUCAGAGUCUAGCGUGGCUCGUAAGGUAACAAAACUCCAUCCUUUCUUCUCGAAGCCGGGGCAGACAACAUCUGCUCCCUUCCAAUGGGUGAAACCGUCUUUAGGACCAAAACGGACGUGUCUACACGGUGUAAACAUGUCUCCGGAAAGCCGUCCCAAAAUUGCCGCGUUUGAUCUGGAUGGCACUGUCAUUAAAUCAAAUCACAAGAACAGAUCCAAAAACACAGCAUUGCAAUGGGAGUGGUGGAAAAACAGUGUCCCUUCGAAGCUUCAGGAAUUACAUCAAGAAGGAUUCUCUAUAAUCUUCAUAUCCAAUCAGGCUCUAAAGGGAACACAGAUCGAGGACUGGAAGAAGAAGAUACCUCUCAUAGCUGCAGCACUUCCUAGUGUUCCAUUUCGUAUAUUUGCUGCCACAGCUAAAGAUGGAUACCGCAAACCGAUGCCUGGAAUGUGGUAUGAGCUCGAACGGAUGUUUAAAGCAGACAAUAUCGAGAUUGAUAAGGCUUCCUCUUUUUUCGUAGGAGAUGCUGCCGGCCGACCUGAUGAUUUCGCUUCUACUGAUCGCAAAUGGGCAUUAAAUAUAGACAUACCUUUUCACACCCCAGAGGCAAGCGUUCCUCCCUCUACGACAACCCCAAAACCGGUUUCUCUGAACCACCACAGGCCCGAGCUCGUUCUUUUCGUAGGAUAUCCUUGUCUAGGGAAAUCUUCAUUUUACCGUCACCAUUUCGAACCUGCUGAAUAUAUUCAUAUCAACCAAGACACACUUGGAACACGGGCCAAGUGUGUAAAGGCGGUCACUGAGACUUUGGAUGCUGGUGAUAGCUGCGUUGUUGAUAAUACAAAUAGAGACAUCUCUACUCGAAAGCUAUAUAUCGACCUAGCGAAGAAAAAGAAAAUCCCUAUCAGAUGCUUUGUUUUUACAGGUUCAAUGGAAUUAGCUUGGCACAAUAAUCUUUACCGCGCAUAUAACUUGUCCCCUGUUACAGCUGCUCGUGAGCCUAAACGUGAUAUCCUUCCCUAUCUGGCGUUCUUAGGGUUUCGUGACAACUACGAGGAACCUCAGUUGAGCGAAGGUUUUACAGAAAUACAAUCUGUAGACUGGACUUUCCGGGGUGACGAGGAGGAUAGAAAGAGGUGGAGUAUGUGGCUGCAGAUCGAUGGCAAAUAAAGUGCAUUUGGUCCCGAGUGGAACGCUGUUCUAAUGUUGUUAUGGCUUUGCAAAUGUAUCAUAAUUAAAACUAAAACGCAGGACGAUGGUGGCAUAAAAGAGUCAAAGAGCAGAGCUACCAUGAUGAAACAUGGCACUGAAACUGAGGAAUUGUUCACUCCUGAUUCAUCAAGCCACUCAAAUCCUUCGUUACUCUGGAUGAAAGAAUUAUAUCUACUGCAUCGAUCCGCGUCUGAUCCUCUCCGCCGUGAUUUGAAGACACAAAGAUCUGAACAACACCACCGAAUUGACUGGGCGACUUCAAGGAUACAAUACAAGGAUCGCGUACAUGAAGACUGUUCACUGACUGAAAACGGACGAACUUCAGCUGGACUCGUUUCCCUUGGGACACAUCCUCUGGUGAAAGCUCGAUGAUCUGAGCAACUUCAGACUCAGAUGCAUCAUCUACGUCUUCGAAGCCGAGUGAUGGUCGAUUUACGAGGAGUUUUAGACCUUUGGGAGCUUGGUUUGGAGUACUUGACUGGAUGACAAUGGAGCGAACGCGGACUGCUUGGUUAAACUGGUUAAUGCAUGUAGCAUAUACCACAGAU